AUAAAUGUCAAUCCUGUGACGUCAUUUCGGUCUCUUUUCACGCCGACCCCGAAAAUGGUAUUCGAACGCUUUGUUGAGAUCGGCCGUGUGGCCUUUAUGGCCGUCGGUAAAAACAGGGGAAAGCUAUGCGCCAUCGUUGAUGUCAUCGAUCAGAAGAGGGCUCUUGUCGACGGCCCAUGCAGUGACUUCCCUCGUCAGCAGAUCAGACUGAAGAAGCUUCAUCUGACCACCUUCAAGAUCCGUAUCCCUCACUCCGCUCGCACUGCUACCGUCCGCAAGGCAUGGGAGAAGGCAGACAUCCAGAAGAAGUGGCUGGGGACAACAUGGGCCAAGAAGUUGGCUGCCAAGAAGAGGAGAGCCGACAUGAACGACUUUGAUCGCUACAAGCUCAUGAGAGCCAAGCAAAAGAGGACAAGAAUCAUCAACACCGAGGUGAACAAGAUGAAGAAGGCGAAGAGAGCGGCAGCAAAAGCCGAAUAAACUUCCUCCUGUCCUCUUAAGACGUCUUAGUGACCAAGAUGGGUCUCCACAGUCUCGUAAAACUGUCUAAUUGGCAUUGACACAACCAUAAAAACUGCUUUGUAAUAUGAUCACAUAUUAAAACUGCUUUGUAAUAUGAUCACAUAUUAAAACUGCUUUGUAAUAUGAUCACAUAUUAAAACCUCAUACUUGUAAAAUUGCCUGGCCCCUUUACUGGCCGUUUGGUUAGAGAAGGAAUAAAAUGAACAUGGUGAAGAAAUCAA